GGGGCCACAAACAGAGCCCUGGGCAGCCUGCUGGCAGUUCGCUUCCUGCACCCAGUGCCGGCCCUCCCUGGGGAGGGGCUGAGCCCGCCCUGCUCGUGAUAAGGCGCAAGGGCUGCUCUCCGAAGAAAGCUCCAAAGAGAAAGCAAAGGGGGAAGGAAGCACUCACUGAGCUGCAGGUGUUUAGACUGUGGCCAGGAGUGGCUGACACUCCAACCCCCUGCACCUGCAGCCCCCAAACCCUUACAGGCAAGGUCACCACAGGGCCACUUCUACUUGAACGUGGGCAGCCUACAAGGCCCCGGCACCCUGCCCACCGUGCCUCCUUCCCAGCCUCCGGAGAGCCGCCACAACCAUGGCGGGGAUGAAGACGGCCACCGGCGACUACAUCGACUCGUCCUGGGAGCUGCGGGUGUUCGUGGGAGAGGAGGACCCGGAGGCCGAGUCUGUCACCCUCCGGGUCACGGGGGAGUCGCACAUCGGCGGGGUGCUCCUGAAGGUCGUGGAGGAGAUUAAGCGCAAGCAGGACUGGUCGGACCACGCCAUUUGGUGGGAGCAGAAAAGACAAUGGCUGCUGCAGACGCACUGGACACUGGACAAGUAUGGCAUCCUGGCAGAUGCCCGCCUCUUCUUUGGGCCCCAGCACCGGCCCAUCAUCCUGCGGCUGCCUAACCGCCGGGCCCUGCGCCUGCGAGCCAGCUUCUCCCAGCCCCUCUUCCAGGCCGUGGCCGCCAUCUGCCGCCUCCUCAGUAUCCGGCACCCUGAGGAGCUCUCUCUGCUCCGGGCUCCUGAGAAGAAGGAGAAGAAGAAGAAGGAGAAGGAGCCAGAAGAGGAGUUGUAUGACUUGACCAAGGUCGUCCUGGCUGGGGGCGUGGCACCUGCAUUGUUCCGGGGGAUGCCAGCCCACUUCUCAGACAGCGCCCAGACCGAAGCCUGCUAUCACAUGCUGAGCCGACCGCAGCCGCCGCCGGACCCCCUCUUGCUCCAGCGCCUGCCUCGGCCCAGUUCCCUGUUGGACAAGACCCAGCUCCACAGCAGGUGGCUGGACUCCUCACGGUGCCUCAUGCAGCAGGGGAUCAAGGCCGGGGACAUGCUCUGGCUGCGCUUUAAGUACUACAGCUUCUUCGACCUGGAUCCCAAGACAGACCCGGUGCGGCUGACCCAGCUGUAUGAGCAGGCUCGGUGGGACCUGCUGCUGGAGGAGACCGACUGCACUGAGGAGGAGAUGAUGGUGUUCGCAGCCCUGCAGUACCACAUCAACAAGCUGUCCCAGAGCGGGGAGGUGGGCGAACCAACUGGCACAGACCCGGGGCUGGAUGACCUGGAUGCAGCCCUGAACAACCUGGAGGUGAAGCUGGAGGGGUCGGCAUCCACAGAUGUGCUGGACAACCUCACCACCAUCCCAGAACUCAAGGACCAUCUCCGGAUCUUCCGGCCCCGGAAGCUAACCCUAAAGGGGUACCGCCAGCACUGGGUGGUGUUCAAGGAGACCACCCUGUCCUACUACAAGAGCCAGGAUGAGGCCCCGGGGGACCCCAUUCAGCAGCUCAACCUCAAGGGCUGCGAGGUGGUCCCCGAUGUCAAUGUCGCAGGCCAGAAGUUCUACAUCAAACUCCUAGUACCCUCCCCUGAGGGCAUGAGUGAGAUCUACCUGCGGUGCCAGGAUGAGAAGCAGUACGCCCACUGGAUGGCCGGCUGCCGACUGGCAUCUAAGGGCCGCACCAUGGCAGACAGCAGCUAUACCAGCGAAGUGCAGGCCAUUCUGGCCUUCCUCAGCCUGCAGCGGACAGGGGGCGGGGGCUCAGGCAACCACCCCCAGGGCCCUGACGCCUCUGCCGAGGGCCUCAACCCCUACGGCCUUGUUGCCCCCCGCUUCCAGCGAAAGUUCAAGGCCAAGCAGCUCACCCCACGGAUCCUGGAAGCCCACCAGAACGUGGCCCAACUUUCGCUGUCCGAAGCCCAGCUGCGCUUCAUCCAGGCCUGGCAGUCCCUGCCCGACUUCGGCAUCUCCUAUGUGGUGGUCAGGUUCAAGGGCAGCAGGAAGGAUGAGAUCCUGGGCAUCGCCAACAACAGACUGAUCCGCAUCGACUUGGCCGUGGGCGACAUGGUCAAGACCUGGCGCUUCAGCAACAUGCGCCAGUGGAAUGUCAACUGGGACAUCCGGCAGGUCGCCAUCGAGUUUGAUGAGCACAUCAACGUGGCUUUCAGCUGCCUGUCGGCCAGCUGCCGCAUCGUGCACGAGUACAUCGGGGGCUACAUUUUCCUGUCGACGCGGGAGCGGGCCCGUGGGGAAGAGCUGGACGAAGAUCUCUUCCUGCAGCUCACAGGUGGCCAUGAGGCCUUCUGAGGCCCGUCUUAGCGCCCCGACUUUGCUCACUACCUGCUGUGGCCACGCCCAAGCCCACACCCUCUCCAGACAUGCACCGAGCUGGGCACAUUCACCUGCUGUCCCUGGCUUUGUGCAGACCAGGGACCUAACCGGGCCAGACUCUGCCAUCCCCCAGGCUAGGGAGGGCGGGUUAUGAGCUCGUACAAUGCCUGCCCUCCCCUUGUCCGAGUGGCCAGGACCAACACCGCUGACCCAGCUUGAGUUCCUGAGCACACGAGGACCAAUGGCUGUAGCUACGGGAUGAUGAUAAUUCAUGGUUUCAAACUGGAGCUUCUUUUUUGUUAGCUUUUCACAUUUUUUUUAAAUAAAUAUUUUAUUGUUGGAUCAUC